AUGUCUGCCUCUCACGAUGAUAUCAAGGCAGCACCUAGUUGUGACAAUGCAGCGCGACCUGAGAUGGAAAAGGCUGAAGUUGAAGACGUGAAUGAAGUCUUCAAGAGGGGCGAAGGUCAUAUAGACUUUCGCACCGUGAGCUGGAUACGUGCGGGCAUCAUCUUUUUGAAAAUCAUCUUCGCGACCGGUGUUCUUUCCAUCCCCUCGUUGAUGUACCAACUGGGAGCCUUACCAGGUGCGAUCAAUGUGGUCGGAUGGACUCUUUUAAAUACGUACUGUGCCAUUGUCCAAGGAAAUUUUCGCAACCGUCACCCGGGCUGCCACUCCAUUGCGGACAUGGCUCAGGUCGUGGGAGGGCCGAUCAUCAAGGAAAUUGUGGGUGUCUUAUUCACCGUGAGCUACGUGAUCGUGGCUGCGUCCGGUAUUAUCGGGGUGUCGACAGCGUUCAAUGCACUCUCGGGUCACGCUAUGUGUACGGUGUGGUUUAGCUUCAUCGCGACGAUCAUCAUUGCUGGAUUCGCGAGUGUUCGGAAGUUUUCGCACAUUGGGUGGUUGACCUGGGUUGGGUUCGCGAGCGUGUACAUCGCCGUGUUCAUUAUUGUAAUCGGCGUCACAACCCGAGAUCGGCCCGCAGCGGCACCAAAGACUGGCGAUUAUGAUUUUGGGUAUCGAGUCAUCGGCAAUCCCAGCUUCACCACCGGAAUCACGGCCGCCGCGACCAUCUUCGUCUCCAGCGCCGCCACUUCGGCCUUUUUGCCCGUCAUCUCCGAGAUGCGGAAGCCCAAAGACUACCCCAAGGCUGUGUACCUUAGUAUGAGCCUGGUGACCGCCUCGUACCUCACCUUCAGUCUGGUCAUCUACGCCUGGUGUGGACGCUGGAUUGCCUCGCCUUCUCUCGGAAGUGCAGGACCCACCGUCAAGCGCGUCGCUUAUGGCAUCGCCCUGCCUGGCCUCGUCAUCAGCGGCUGCCUCUACGUCCAUGUGGCAGCGAAGUAUCUUUUUGUCCGGAUCUUGCGCAAUUCACGUCAUCUACAGGCCAACACGAUUGUUCAUUGGGGUACGUGGCUCAGCUGCACUGUUGGUAUGGCCGCCAUCUCAUUCCUCCUGGCUUGCGCCAUUCCCAUUUUCACCUACGUAUUGGCUCUCGUGGGUGCGUUGUGCUUCGCACCGCUGGCCAUCAGUCUCCCUGGCUGGCUCUGGCUGUAUAGUUAUAGUGAUUAUCGCACAGGGACAUUCCUGCAGAAAGUCAUGUACGUCGGUCAUGUGGUUCUGAUCUUGCUGGGGGCUUUUAUGACCGUGGGUGGAACAUACGGAGUGAUUGUGCAGAUCAACCAGGCAUACGCGGACGGGUCAAUUUCAUCGGCAUUUUUCGUGUGCCGAUAA